ACACAGACACACACAGCCUGAGUGUUGCUGCUUUCAGCUCUCACASAGCUGCUGGUGAGCUGUGGAGGAGAGAGAAGAACAGAGGGAGGAGAGACGAGGAGCAUCCUCCUCCUCCUCCGGUGGUUUGUUCCAGCUCAGCUUUCCUCUCUGCUUGUACUUCUGGACUUUUUUCCCAUCAGAGCGAGUGUUUUUACAGAGAAACAAGGAAGAGAGUUCACAUGACAUAAUGGAGGUGAAUGGGCUGUCAUGGUGACUCCAGGGAGCCUGACCCUCUGAGGAGUGGAUGGUUGGGAGCACCCCCGUGAAGGAUAAACCCAGAGUCAGGAGCAGAGGAGGAGAGGAGGACAGCAGGAUGGAGGACGGGUUCUCCAGCUACAGCAGCCUGUAUGACACCUCCUCACUGCUGCAGUUCUGCAACGAUGACAGCGCGUCGGCUGCCAGCAGCAUGGAGGUGACCGACCGCAUCGCCUCCCUGGAGCAGAGGGUCCAGAUGCAGGAGGACGAGAUCCAGCUGCUCAAGUCCGCCCUGGCCGACGUGGUCCGGAGGCUGAACCUGUCCGAGGAGCAGCAGGCCAUGGGGACCCGUAGAGGACCCACCAAAGCACUGUGAGGAGAACCAACUCAAACGAACACGUAGGGACUCUCACUCGGAAGGAUUCGGGCGACUCGAAGGGCAACCGAACCAGAGCCGGGUCCACCGGCAGCAGCUCCAGCAGCAAAAGGAGCGACAGCAAACAGAGGGAUCCAGUGUUCAACGCAGGGAUGCGACGUGUGACCCACUGCAAAGAGGAAGGUUAUGUGAAAAUGUAUUUGAAGGGUCGCCCCGUCACCAUGUUCAUGCCCAAAGACCUAGUGGAGAGCUACUGCCUGGAGUCCAGAGGAGAGCUGCCCAGUAACAAACUGAAACUGGACUGGGUGUACGGAUACCGUGGUCGAGACUGUCGCUCCAACCUUUACCUGCUCCCCACAGGGGAGACCGUGUAUUUCAUCGCCUCCGUUGUGGUUUUAUUCAACGUGGACGAGCAGCUGCAGAGACACUACACGGGACACACAGACGACAUCAAAUGCCUGGCUGUCCAUCCUGACAAAAUCACCAUUGCAACGGGGCAGGUAGCAGGCACCUCGUCAGAUGGGAAACAGUUGGCUCCUCAUGUUCGUGUCUGGGACUCGGUCAGCCUCAACACUCUCCACAUUCUGGGCUCGGGUUUCUUCGAUCGAGGACUCGUCUGCCUGGCUUUCUCCAAGUCGAACGGAGGAAACACACUCUGUGUCGUCGAUGACUCCAACGAUCACGUCCUCUCGGUCUGGGACUGGCAGAGGGAGGACAGACUGGCUGAAACUAAGUGCUCCAACGAGUCCGUGUUCGCUGCAGACUUUCACCCCACCGACAGCAACAUCAUAGUGACCUGUGGCAAGUCCCAUCUGUAUUUCUGGACCCUGGAGAAAGGAGGCACGCUGGUGAAGAAGCAGGGAUUGUUUGAGAAACAAGAGAAGCCCAAGUUUGUGCUGUGUGUGAACUUUGCAGAAAAUGGAGACACCAUCACUGGAGACUCGAGCGGAAACAUCCUGGUGUGGGGAAAAGGCACUAAUCGCAUCAGCCACGUCAUCCCAGGAGCUCACGAGGGCAGCAUCUUCGCUCUGUGCAUGCUGAGGAAUGGCACGCUGGUGUCUGGAGGGAAGGACCGCAGGCUCGUUUCCUGGGACACCAGCUACCAGCAGAUACAAGUAGUGGAGGUGCCUGAAUUGUUCGGUCCCAUCAGGACCAUAGCUGAGGGGAGACGGGAGACGGUUCUCAUCGGGACAACCAAGAACUUUGUCUUACAAGGCAGUUUGGAUGGAGAAUUCCUGCCUAUUACACAGGGUCACAUCGAUGAGUUGUGGGGUCUAGCCGUCCAUCCCAGGAAGUCUCAGUUCCUGACCUGUGGCUACGACAGGCAGGUCUGUCUGUGGGACUCCAGCACCCAUCAGCUCAUCUGGACUAAAAGUCUGGAGGAUACAGCCCAAUCAGCAGGUUUUCACCCAUCAGGAGCUGUGGUUGCCAUCGGGACUCAAACUGGCAGGUGGCAGGUGCUCGACACAGACUCGAAGGAUUUAGUCAGCGUCCACACAGAUGGGAACGAACAGCUGUCUGUGAUGCGCUACGGGCCAGACGGUAACUUCCUGGCUAUCGGUUCCCACGAUAACUACAUCUACGUCUACGCUGUGGCAGAAAACGGGAGGAAAUACAGCCGAGUUGGAAAGUGUUCGGGUCAUUCCAGUUUCAUUACUCAUUUGGACUGGUCGGUGGACUCCCAGUACCUGGUAUCAAAUUCAGGCGACUAUGAGAUACUGUACUGGAUCCCAUCAGUGUGUAAGCAGGUGGUCAGUGUGGAGACCACCAGGGACAUCGACUGGGCCACCUACACUUGCACUUUGGGCUUCCAGGUGUUCGGCCUGUGGCCCGACGGGUCAGACGGUACCGACAUCAACGCGGCGUGCAGGUCCAACGACGGGAGCCUCCUGGCCACCGGGGACGACUUCGGGAAGGUUCACCUCUUCUCGUACCCCUGUUCACAGUUCAGGGCUCCCAGCCAUGUCUACGGCGGCCACAGCAGUCAUGUGACCAAUGUGACCUUCCUGCAUGACGACAGCUGCUUGGUGUCGACGGGCGGGAAGGACAUGAGCGUCGUCCAGUGGAGGAUCGUCUGAGGGAGGCGAGCGGAGCCAAACUGUUCUGAAGCGCACUAAAACAAACCAAACCUUUAAAAGAUGGACUUUAAACCCAAAGUGACUCUGAGGGAAAGGAUCUGAUGGACGAGAUACCUUUUGUUUUUAUUUACACUACAUGUACAAAUAAAACCCUCCCUCGACACGAGACAGAACGAGUCCAACAGAACCAAAGGUUCUGACUUUACGUUUGGACACGUUGGGUUCUUGUUUUUGGGCCACAGAUGCUGAAUGAAGACGCCUGUCAGAGCCCAACCAGACUGAAUGAUGGACCGAAGCAUGUGGGGAUUUUUCUAACCAUUAAACUUUUUUUUAACAACUCAGGAAAGCACUGAUGAAGCAAAAGCCCUUUUCUCUUCUGAACAUAUCAGAAAAAAAAACUUAAAAGCUUAUUCAGCUAAAAAAGCUGAAUUUAGUGAAGAUCAUAACAGCAGUGGUGGCUUUCCAGAAAAAAAAAACAUACUUAUGUGUGAUCAUCUAAACAUAAUCUGUGUUUCUGUGCUUCCAACUAAAAAAAGUUUUUUAAUUUAAUGAAUAUUUAUCAAACCUUCACUGCUGCUUAUUUCUCCUUUAAAAUUUCUUCUGCACUAAAUCCCUGUGUUGUUGAGUAAAUUUACUGAGAAACAUGGGAAAAAAAGUCAAAAUCAAGCUUUUUAAAUUUCUCYUGUUGGUUUGUGAGAUCAUGGAGAGCAAGGACGAGACCGAAGCACUGUAAACGUCUGACAAGAUAUUUAACUGAACCAAACCUGAUUGUUUUUAUUUUAUUAUUAUUUUCUCUUUAAUGCACUGCUUCCACCUGAUAAACAUCCAACAGGUCUAAUAAACUGUUUAGCACCAGAUGGAUCUUUUUUACUUCAGUAAAACCUGUUCACAGUUGUUACAUGAUCAACUGAAAGUAAAAUAAAAAAAGYACGAUUAAAGUUGUUUUCAAAGCUGAAGGUUUUAAUGUGAACGUCACUGCUGCUGCUUGUAUUAAAAUCUUGACAGUUGGCUGAAUUUGUUUUAUCUGCUUAAAACAUAGAAAUCUUCCAACAGUGCACACUUCUUGUUACGAUUUAACACUUGAGGCUUUAGAUUCCAAAACAAUUCAAUAUUUGACACCUGACAUAAAGUAAAUGCAACCUAAACUGUCUAACUUUGUCUGUUUUUGAAUAAACUGUCACCUUUA